AGGAUAUGAUUACAAAAUACAAAUACCUGAAGAUGAAACAUUUAUACAGAGGCAUUUGAGUAGUACCAUUAAUGAUUUGGAACGUUUAUAUAAAAAUGAUCAACCUUAUUUAUUGGGAGAUGCAAAAAGAGGAUUAUUCAAAGAAAAAUAUUGCAAUAUGUUGAAAAAGAUAGUAAUCAUUGGACGAGACCAAGUUAUAUUAGAUUCUUUUUUUAUGGAAAUUAUGAUUUAUUUUCUAGAUCUGUUGUCCAAAUCUUUCAUCAAAAAUCAUCGAAUUUUGUCUGUUAUAACAGCCCUAUCAAUAUAUACACCAAUGACUAGGAUAAGAUAUAAUUUGCUGAACAUGGAAACAUCAGAAUUAGAAACAUUAGGACUGCGAAUGAACAAAAUCUAUGAAAUUAUUAUCAAGCCCAAUAUGAAAUCUAUAGAAACAAAGGAUAUUCUGAAACUAUAUAUCUUGUCUAUAAAAAGGUGGUUUAUCUAUGAUAAAUUUAGUCUAACUUAUUGCAAAGUGUCUAAUUUGAAGUUCAUUCUUCGAACAACGUAUGCUCGUGACAAAAAUGUUAGAGCCAAUGCAUUGAUUUUGUUAAAACAUAUAUAUCAAUUAUGUUCAAAAUCACAAAAUGCACAAGAAACUGAACUUAAAAAAUUUACUAAAGACAAAGCAGAUAAAAUUAUUAGAUUAUGUUUUCGAAGAGGUUCGAAUAUUCGAUCUUACGGGAUUGAAAUAACAAAACUGUCUUAUGUGAUGUUUCCUGAUAGUUUUUCACAAAAACAAUUGCAAUCAGUUUUUAAGUUAGUUUUUCAUUUGCAUCAAAAAGUUGCAAGAGCCGCAGGUUCUUUGUUUUGGUUUUAUAUAACACAGGAAUAUGAUAUUUUUUAUAUUCAGUAUCUAAUUUUAUUUUUAUUGGAACAUAAGAAUGUAGACAGGGACACUGAUUUGUUUGUGGAUGCGAUUUGGAGUGAAAUUUCAACUAAGGAUUACAGAAAAAUGGUGGAUUUAUUAAUAGAAAUGCUAAAUUAUUCUUAUGACAUCAGAGAUUUUAUUUCGAGAGAGGCAGUUGAAAUGUUGAAAGUGGAGUUUUCUGAACAGGCAAAGAUAACGCUAAUCGAAACAUUAUUGGAAAUACAUCUUCAAUAUAUACGAGAAGCUUCUACUGGACAGUGUCUGAGGCAUACCUUGAAGAUGAAGGAAUUCACUGAACUUGAUUUGCUCGAAAUUCGACUAAAGAUGGACUUGGUAACUGAAACAUUGUAUGACAUUAUUUGUCCCAUUAUCGAAAGAAUGUUUCAGGUUAAUUCAAAAUGUGUAAUGAUGGUUUUGGAAAUACCUCAAUAUUUCAAUUAUAUGCUAUAUAAAAAUAAUGUGUCUUUUCUGGAAGAUCUCGUUAGUUUACUUUCACGCAUUUUAAACGAGCAGACAGAUGAACAUAUUUUGCAAGUAUGUUUGAAGACUAUCAAUAUUCUUCGAGAUUCUGAAAUUUGUGAUGUAUUCCCGAUUAUAAGAUUACUAGAUGAUGAUAUAUUAUUAUAUAAUGAACGACUCAAUA